CGACGCGCAUGCGCACUCUGGCACACGGCAUCGGAAACCACCGUCAGCUGCGCACGCCCGCCCGCCCGCCGUCACAUUAGAUUUUCCCCAUUAUUUAUUUGAUUUGCUCCUUAUAUAAUGCUACGCAUCCAUUCAACUCACACGUUUGACACAGUGAGCCAGCCGACCGUCCAACUAGCUGGUUGGGACCGCGCUCAUGUGUGAUAGACACGAAGUGACAGUGCUGACCCGGAUAACUUGCUGAGCUCGUGUUCCAUACUGAAGGAGGCCUCACAGGAGACAGCUGUGUUCAGCGGCAGACUGCAGCAUCCCCCUCGUCUUCCUCCGAUCGAACUCAGCAUGACGGACCCCAACCUCACGUCACCCUCGGCGACCCCGCUUCGAUCCCCCGAUGCCCAGCUCAGCGUCUCCUUCCCGUUCCUUAGGGAGGGGAGUCGAGUUUGGGAGGAAAGGGGAGAGCAGGCGCUACCCAGGGAACUUCCCAGCCCGCUGCCGACCAAACGUACUCGCACAUACUCGGCCACGGUCCGAGCUCACUCAGGUCCGGUGUUCAAGGGCGUUUGUAAGAACUUCUCAAGAUCCCAGGGACACGGAUUCAUCCGGCCGAGCCAUGGUGGCGAAGAUGUCUUUGUUCACAUCUCAGACAUCGACGGGGAAUAUGUUCCCGUUGAAGGCGACGAGGUCACAUACAAAGUGUGCAGAGUCCCCCCCAAGAACCUGAAGGUGCAGGCGGUGGAGGUGAGGAUAAUUCAUCUGAACCCAGGCACCAAACACGAGACCUGGUCCGGGCAGAUCAUCAGUUCUUAGGUUUGGAUCGUGGAUGUACAGGGUGUAGAUGGACGGACUGAAAAAGGUAUAUCAAGCGCAUGUUCCCUUUGCCGUUUCACUUAAUAGCUACCGCUCUUCCACUAACUAUGACGGGAUCAAACAUUUGAUUUAUGUUGAUCGCGCAAGACCUGCAAACAAAGGUAGCGAAUGAUAAAAGGUGCCAAAAACAAUCCCUUAGUACGGAUUUCUGAUCGUUACGGUACAAAAUAGGGCACCAAAUAUUCUUCCUGGUUCUUACGUAAAGUGCAAGUUCAUUGGAAGAGGAGCGCGAAUGUUUAGUUUUGCUUGAGGAAAAAAAAAAUAUUCGAGCACUAACACAGGAAAAAGUAGAUUUAAGUGGUAGUUUUGGUCAGGAGUUGUUCUGGAGGACUGAAGCAGCACGGAACAUGCAUAUCAAAUGUUAUUUUACUGUCUUGUUUACUCCUUUUGAUGAUUUAACUGUUAAAUCUUGGGUUGCGGGAAAUACCAAAAUAUCCCAAAUUGUGAAACUUCACUCCGAGUUAAGUGAGAAAUAAGGCUCCACUUGUUUUGCUGUUGUAUUUGAAAUCAUUUUGUGUACGGAGCCGUGAACUAAUUCAAAUACUCCGUGUGUGUUUUGUGUAUGCUUAGUUUGUAUGAUAGUCGACUCCUUGACUUUCUAGUCACAGAACUGUUCGUUGUACUGUAGAAUUUCAGGUUGUGAUCAGUUCAACUGUAUUGUGUUCUAAUGGUACUACGACCUCUUUAGCAUUUCUGUCUGUCUCACUGUCAACAUAGAAUUUGGAUUAUUAUUCGUCACCUCCAAGUUUUGUUUCCUUUGGUGGGGGCUUCUACUGAGCCAUG